UUCAUUUAUUCUGUAUAUUACAACACGUUAUCAGCACGAAUGGCUCUAGCCGGUUCGUGAUUAUCGCUUCGUGGUAAUAGAUUUUUCGGUGUACAUCUUCUGUAAGCAUUUCUAAAAAAAUGUCUGACAUAUCCAAACGGGCAUUUGCUGAGCUUGCCGUUGAUGGCAGCAACUACUUGACUUGGGCCUUGGAUGUUGAAAUCUACCUAGAUUCUUGUGAUUUAAGCAGCACUAUUGAUCCAGCUUCUCAGAGCACCUCUGCCCAGAAGGCAAAGGCAUUGAUUUUUCUUCGUCAUCAUCUCAACAAAGACCUGAAAAAUGAGUACCUUACUGAAAAAGAUCCUGAUAUUCUCUGGCAAUCCCUGAAGGAUCGCUUUGACCAACAGACGACUAUUAUGCUUCCGCAAGCACAGUAUGAUUGGUUGAACUUGCGAUUUCAGGAUUUUAAAUCCGUAACUGAAUACAAUUCAACUCUCCACCGCAUUGUCUCACAGCUGAAGCUCUGUAAGCAGAACAUUACAGAAGAUGAAUUGAUUGAAAAGACCCUCUCUACAUUCCAUGCAAGUAAUCUUAUACUCCAGCAGCAGUACAGGACCAAAAACUAUUCAAAACACUCUGAAUUGAUCUCUGCGUUACUAGUUGCAGAGAAACACAACCAACUUCUGAUGCGCAACCAUAAUUCUAGACCAGUUGGUUCGCAAGCUGUGCCUGAAGCACAUGCCACAAAUCAGAGUAAUACUCAUGGGCGUGGACAUGGUAGAGGUCGUGGACGUGGUCGCGGGUCUUAUCGUGGUGGUAGAGGUCGUGGUCAUCGCAAUGCUUAUGGUCUUCAGGACCGUGGAAAGGGUCAGAACAAGGAUAGAUCUCCUUCAAACAAGCCUAACUCUCAUCAACAGGUUGCUAAUAACAAGCAAGCUUGCUAUCGGUGUGGAUGUGAGGACCACUGGUCUCGCACAUGUCGUACACCGAAACAUUUGGUUGAGGCCUAUCAGAGAAUGAUGAAGGACCCAAAGGGGAAGUCAAAACAAGGUGAAAAACAUCAUGCUAGUUUGCCUGAAGCAAACAUGGCCCUAAAAGAUGACAAUUAUGAUGAUAACCUGAAUCUGGACGAUGAUGACUUAUUGAAGAUGGAGCUUGAUGAUUUUGGUGAACAGGAGUGAUCAUGUUAUUUAUCACUAUGCAUGUUUUAUUAGUCUAUUUCGUUUUUUUUUCCAGACAUGUUCUAGUUAUUUUUGUUAAGAUAAUUUGGAAUUUUUCGAGACUUAUUUUGCAUGUUUUUGUAAGAUAAUUUUAAGUUUGUAUGAGUUUUGUUUAAAUGAUUAUUCCCCUUUAUCUAA